UAUCCCAAGAUCCCUUGCAAGGCUGGUAGUGGUGCUGCACAGUUUGAACUCUCGGGAGAAAUGCUGCCCCAAAUGACUUUCUCUUCUCGCCGGUCACCCGUUGUUUGCUUAAACGGCUGUGUAGCUUCAAGCCAGCCCUUAGCCUCUCUUGUUGGUGUUGAUAUUUUAAAGAAAGGGGGUAACGCAGCCGACGCGGCCGUGGCGGUGGCGGCAGCCCUGGCCGUCACCGAGCCCUGCAGUACCGGCGUGGGAGGAGACUGCUUCUGCCUCUUCUACGACGCCAAGACCCGGGAGGUCCGGGGCCUGAACGGCAGUGGCAGGUCCCCGAGGGCGCUGAGCCUGGACGCCCUGGAGCGGCUGGGUUUCAGCGAGAGCAACCCGCCUUCUCCCUUUCACGCCCUGCGGGUCACCGUGCCAGGGGCGGCGGCCGGCUGGUGCGACGCUGUGCAGGACUUCGGCAGCAGGAAGCUCUCUCUGGGUGACAUUCUGCAACCCGCCAUUGACCUUGCUGAAAGGGGCUUCCCUGUGGCCGGAAUCACAGCCCACCACUGGGAAAAAUGGGCAAAGACUUUGGAGAGUGCUGGAAAAAAACUCGCAGAGAAUUUCCUCUUAAACAGCAAAGCACCAAAACAGGGGGAAGUGUUUGCUAACCCUCUUCUGGCUCAGACAUUCAAGGAGAUCGCCGUGCACGGGAAGUCUGGGUUUUAUGAAGGGAGAAUAGCAGAAGCUGUGGUGGAUGUUGUCCGUAGCAAUGGUGGAGUUCUGUGCUUAGAGGACCUCAAGUGUCACACCAGUUCCAGGGUUCGGCCCAUUUACACAGAUUACAAAGGGGUCAGGCUCUGGGAAAUUCCUCCCAACGGACAAGGGAUCGCGGCUCUGAUUGCUCUCAACAUUCUGGAGAACUUCUCUGUCCAAGAGAUGGGCCACAACAGCGCGGAUUACCUCCACGUCCUGACAGAUGCCCUGAAACUCGGCGUCUCGGACACGUCCCACUACUGCGCCGACCCCGAGCAGGUGCGCGUGCCGGUGGGGGGACUUUUAGAGAAGGAGUACAGCCGGCGGCGGGCGGGGCUCAUCAGCAUGGAGAAGGCGCGCAGCAGCUGUGAGCAUGGGGCUCCGGAGGGCGGGGACACGGUGUACUUCACUGUGGUGGACCGGGAGGGCAACGCCUGCUCCUUCAUCAACAGCAACUACAUGGGCUUCGGGACGGGCCUGGCUCCUGCUGGCUGUGGCUUCACUCUGCAGAACAGGGGAAGUGGCUUCUCUCUGCUCCGUGAGCACAGAAACUGCGUGGGGCCUGCGAAGAGGCCUUUCCACACCAUCAUCCCGGCUCUGCUGACCGCUGUGGACACGGGCCGCCUGCUGUGCACCUUCGGGGUCAUGGGGGCCUUAAUGCAGCCGCAGGGACACGUUCAGGUGCUGCUUAACAUGCUGGAGUUUGGAAUGAAUCCACAAGAAGCUCUCGAUGCCCCUCGGAUCUUCGUCCAGUAUAACAAGCGCAUGCAGGCAUGGCAGCUGUCCCUGGAGGAGGGCAUUAUGGAAGGCGUGGCGAAGGAAUUGGAGCUUCGAGGGCACAGCGUUCGCUGGCCGGUGUCGGGACACGACCGGGCAGAAUUUGGACGUGGGCAGGUCAUCGCUGAUGGGUGUUGGUGGGACCCAGACUCCUAUAGCCCUGAGCAGUCAGGGAGGGUGUGGUGGGCAGGCUCUGACCCCAGGGCAGAUGGCUGUGCUGUGGGGUAUUAAGCUGUGCCAUUGUCAAGUUCAAAUAUUUUACUCAUUGUGAUUACUUUUUUAAUUGCUGGCGAAUUUUAACAUUUAUCCUGAGCAUGAAUAUGAUGGAAGGCCUUAUAGAACUGAUCAAAUAGUAUUCUCGCCGAUGUACUUGGUGUAAUCCAGUUUUGAACUCUUUCUUAAUGUAGAAUAUAGUUUUCUGUACCGGUCGGUGUACACAGAUGCACCACUGAUCCAGAAUCCAGAUGUUGGAUAAUUGACACUAGUUUAUCUUUUGCUUACUGUGCUAUGAAACAAUGUACAAUAUUGAUGCCUUUAUGAGAUUCAAGUGUUGGAACCAUUCUGAACUCCAAUUUUUCCAGAAUAUUCAUGGCUGUUGAAGCCAGUACCCUGGUUUCUUUCAAGAAACAGCUGGAUGAGAUCCUUAGAUCAUCUCACUACUAAUUUUAACUUCCAAACGAGCCGGAUGGACUGAAUGACCUCUCGUCGGUAACCUUUCUUCAGUUCUCAACACCCCCAGCUAAGAUUUAAGUGUCUUAUUUUAAUUGCCUCUUUGAAUGCUGGUCCCAGCUCUGAGAGCCCAAAUUGUGUGACGGAAUAAGAGUUCAUGAGAGAGGAUGUUUUGCCUCCCAGUACAACUCAGACUUGUGUAAUCUCAUAUGUCCUGGGACACAGGCUCAGUUCUCAGAGAGCCCAGUGUCUCCCAGGUUCUGUUCCACUCAAUCUCUUAGUCGCAUAGUUUUACUGAUAAUUUACUGCAUGACUAUAAGACUUCUUGGCUGCCCCCUUUGUUCCCCAUGGUUAAUGAAACUCAUGCCUUGAGUAAUCAGCCAUAAAAGGCCUGAUAAAUUCUUAUUUAUCUCAUUAAAUGACUGUUAAUGGUUUAACGACUUGGGUUGGACCAAAAGCUGGAGGUCAACGGGAAUCCGCCUCCUUUAGAGCUUUGCCUCUCGGAGAAAGUGAGCGUGACUCCUCGGCUCCUGGCCCUUGUCCCUCUUUCCUGUUUCCUGCGUCUCUGUCGGGGGACUCGCCUUGAGUCACCGCUCUGGAAUUUUUGGAGAUAUUUCGAAACUGAUGUGGAGGGUGCUGGAAGGUGGCGGCCUUCCCAAGUAAAUACCGUUCCGUUUUCA